CCGUAAUCACUUCAUUUUCGUUUGUUAAAAAAGCAAGUUGAAGUGCUGUCAGAUGCGAUUUAUAACAAAAUUCUAAACAAAAUAAUUCAUUUGUGAUGAUCGACGAUAUCUGAUUAAACUCCUAAUUAUACUUAUGAACCACCAAGGCCUAACUUUGCGGUAGCACUCUAAAUUGUUCACACCUGAAAAAACGUCAUUCAUUACAAAAUAGAUUAAAAGAGAUUCAAACAAUGCCUCUAUUUGGAAAAUCACAAAAAGGACCGGCAGACGUUGUGAAGUCCCUCAAAGAAGCUGUGAACUCUCUGGAAAAAGGAGAUAAAAAAGGUGAAAAGGCCCAAGAGGAUGUGUCCAAGUACUUGCUUUUGAUUAAGAACAUGCUGUAUGGUACAUCAGAUGCCGAGCCCCAGGCUGAUAUUAUAGUGGCACAAUUAGCUCAAGAACUGUAUAAUACGAACUUGUUGUUAUUGUUGAUACAGAAUUUGAAUCGAAUCGAUUUUGAAGGGAAAAAGGAUGUGGCGCAAGUUUUCAAUAACAUCUUGCGCAGGCAAAUCGGAACUAGAUCUCCAACUGUGGAAUAUAUUUGCACUAAGCCUGAGAUUUUAUUUACGCUAAUGACUGGAUAUGAGCACCAAGAAAUUGCUCUGAACUGUGGUACAAUGUUACGAGAAUGUGCCAGAUAUGAAGCUCUAGCAAAAAUUAUGUUAUAUUCUGACGACUUUUACAAUUUCUUUCGAUACGUUGAAGUUUCUACUUUUGAUAUUGCUUCGGAUGCAUUCUCCACCUUUAAGGAAUUGCUAACCAGACAUAAAAUCUUGUGUGCAGAUUUCUUAGAGGUGAAUUACGACAAAGUUUUCGGACACUAUCAACGUUUGUUAAACUCAGAGAAUUAUGUUACCCGACGCCAAAGUUUGAAAUUGCUAGGAGAGUUACUGUUGGACAGACAUAAUUUUACGGUGAUGACAAGGUAUAUUUCCAACCCUGAUAAUUUGAAAUUAAUGAUGAAUAUGCUUAAAGAACGUUCCAAGAAUAUUCAAUUUGAAGCCUUCCAUGUAUUCAAGGUCUUUGUUGCCAAUCCCAACAAGCCGAGACCAAUCCUAGAUAUUCUCCUACGAAAUAAAGAGAAGCUCGUGGAAUUUCUCGUAAAAUUUCAUACGGAGAGGGCCGAAGACGAACAAUUCAAUGACGAAAAGGCUUACCUGAUCAGACAAAUACGGGAAUUGAGACCUUUACCAGAACAUUAACACAUUUAAACAUAUUCUACUUGUCAAUAUUUUUAUCGCUACUCAUUUUAAUUUGCAAAAAUCAACUAGACAUAUCUCCAGCUCCAUUGAGACUCCUAUUAAAAUAUAGAGUAAUA